AUCGUGGACACCUUCAUUAUCGGCCGCUUCGUCCUCCUGGCCAUGAUGAGCCUCGUCUUCCUUGGGUGCCUCUUCCUGCUCCUGAUCUACCACGUCAUGGAGCCGGUGUAUGCCAAACCGCUCGCCAGCAGCUAG